GGACUCAGGCAGCAGCGCACAGAGCAGAUAUGGUGAAAGGUUUCUACCGGGUGAGGCUGAUGCACCGCCACAUCGCUGUGAAGGUGAAUGCAAGAGGUGAACGAGCCCCACCUUGAUUUUUUUUGUGGUCGCGUCCGGCGCUCAACACCGCACAUUUGCCUCCAGUACCUAUACUCAACCAUGGCCAACGCAGACAUUGUCAAUACCCCGGCGAAGCCGGUCUGUUGCGAAGACCAAGCGCAAGACGCGGGCCCAGAGGAAGAAGACUUCAUGGUGGGCGUUGCUGUAGACGAAGAUACACCCGAAGACAUGCCCGAAGACAUGCCCGAAUACGAAUUCCGGACUAAAGACGAGUUCAUCGAGAAUCUGGAGCCUCUGACAUGCAGCCUCUGCUUGGAGAAGUACGGGAACGACCAUGUACCAGUCGAGCUACCAGACUGUGGCCACGUAUUCGGCGACCACUGCAUCAUCCAAUGGUUCGAGACGGAAUCAGAAAACAACAAUAAAUGUCCUUUGUGCCGGAACGAGCUGUUUGAACAGGAGGACUUUGACAUGGAGGAUGACGAAGACGACGGGGAUGCAGCGGGCUUCGUUGACAGUGAUAUCGCUUCGGAAGAAGAGGCCGAUGACCAAAAUGGUAAUAACGGUGCUCAAGGUGAAGAUGAAGCUAUGGAGGAAGAUUCGGAGGCCGAGCAAGGAGACGACGAGGAAAGCGACGGGGAAGGGGAUGGUGAGGGAGAUGUAUCUGACGCCGAGGACUAUACCGAAGAACAUGCCAGCCCGAAACCACGAAAAGCGAAACACCCCCCUCCAGGUCAGCCAACGUCCAGAUCCGCCGACGGGCAUGAUGACGAGCAAGAGACACUCUCUGGCGAUGAAGAAGCGAAUACAGAGUCGCAUGAAAAACCAGCUGAGGAAUCGGAUGGAGACCUGUUCGGCGACGACGGAAUUAGGAGGAACACGCCGUGUAUUAGUGGUAGUGAGUACCAGCCCAGCGAGGAAGACAUGGAUACAGACUCCGAUGAAGAAUGAGCGGCAGUGGAUCCUCGGACGGAGAUGCGAGUCAUAGUAUAAAUGGCGCUUGUCUUAAGGCCCCGGUGCACCGGACAAGGGGAUAACGGUUCAGGUGCAAUAGGUGGCCGUUUGGGGUUGGAAAUUGCGGGAAUUAUGUCGGCCCACAUGCGAUCUAAUUGUCCUGAUAAGCAAAGAAUCAAUUCUUUCCUUCGCAGUCAACGGUGGUCUUCCGUCUUAACUCUUGCAGCAGCCUUUGCUGACCUAUGUUGGCUAAAUGUUCGAAUUGACAAACUGUGAUGGGCCAUUAGGAGUUCGAUAUUGG